GUCAAAAGCAGGUAGCGAUCCACACAUUUUGUUCAUGGAAUUCAACCGGACAGUUAUAGUUUUACGCUUGGUGGACAACACAGAGGGAGAAGACUUGCUGAGAGAGAACUCACUUGAGCGGUGCGUCUCACCUUCACUGCUGGGGUACGAGACCCGGGAAGGGAGGGCCAAAUUCACGGUUUACAAGAUCCUGGUGGUCAGAGGUCCAAGAGACAGCUGGGUGAUCUUCAGACGGUACAGAGAGUUCUGUCAGCUCCGUCAGAAGCUCCGAGCUGACCACCCUGACCUCCGCCUCAGUUUGCCUCCUAAACGCUGGCUGAAAGACAACUAUAACAAGGAGUUUCUAGAGGAGCGGCAGAAGGGUCUUCAGAUAUUUCUGCACAGCUUGAUGACGUACAAGGAAAUCAUUAACAGUGAAGCCGUCAAACACUUUCUUCGCUGGGUGGAUCGGCCACAUCUCUUCACUCUGGAAGAAAGCAGGGUUUUUUGUAAAACCCUUGAGGAAACCUACCAACGACUGCAGCGAGAACUUUUUGAAAAGCAAACUGAAUUAGAUACUCUAAGGAAAAUCCUAGAAGAGAAAGAAAUGCACAUUGACAUUUUGUUAAACAGAGUCAAGUAAGAUUUUAAGUUGAUUCUGAUACAUCCCUUUAUUUCACACUUGGGAUGUUUAUCAUAGAUUAUAUUGUAUGAUGUAACAUCUCCAAGAUACUUUAUUUAUUUUCUGUAUUAGAUGGGAUUGAGCAACUAUUUCUGCACACGUUGAUACAUCAUACCGCAAGGGGGCAGUGCAGCUUCAGCUGUCACCAUUUCAUGAUGCGCGACGAGAGACGGAGAAUAGAUGAGUGAAGUUUUUCAUUCCUGCGUCAAAAAUGUCCAUGAUUUCCUCGUGGACUGUUCUUGUUUUAAGAUGGUGAGUAGCUGUUGAGUGAAACGAUAUCAUGAACACAAUCAAAAAGUGAAGAGGAACGUAACGAGAAAGAAAGUAGUCAUUGAAGUUUAAAUGUUGGGGAUGAUUCAAAA